AUGUUUCAACCGGUGGAGAACUUCACUUCUUCCGAUCAGGGACUGGUUGACAUUGAUGAUAGUGACUUUGAACCUGAUUUGGAUCGAAUGAUAGGGGAAAAACGGUCAAACACAUCUAGUCAUGCAAGACCGAGAAAUAGGAGGAAGAGAAGCGGCCCAGGACAGGCACUUAUGGAUGUCAUUGGCAAAUUGAUGGACAUGCUUGUAGAGAGGAGUAUGGGAUCGAGGGCUAGCAAUCGCAGUGGAGAUGAGGGGGACGAAGAGAACACUAGUGCUCCAUCUGAUCCGUUUUCCAUGAGCCAUUGUAUUGACAUUUUGACGGCCAUGCAAGUACCCACAGAGUUUUACAUGCCUGUUGUCAAGUACUUAUAUCAAAAUCCAGGGUGGCGAGAGGUCNAUCUUCUUGCCGAAGCCCUAAAGCUGCUUGCUGAUGCAACUUCCUCACCUGGAGAUAUUGGGAUAAGUUGGAGUAGACGGGCAGAAUGUGCACCAAAUGAUACAGAGUGUGUGAUAACAAUUAAUGAUAUCUACAUGUGGCUUUUGGCAACAUUUUUUGCAUGGUUUUUAUUGGCUAUCUACCUCGAUAAUGUAAUUGCAAAUGAAGCUGGUGUGAGGAAAUCAAUGUUUUACUUUUUAAACCCCUGGUAUUGGACAGGGAAAGGUGGAAGCAAGCCCGAAGAGGGUGGCAUUUGUAGUUGUAUCGGUUCAGUCCCUCCAUUGGAACAUAUUACUCCAGAUGACGAAGAUGUUCUUGUAGAGGAAAACAUUGUUAAACAGCAAAGUAGGGAAGGUGUUGAGCCAAAUGUGGCAGUUCAAAUACGUGGCCUUGUAAAGACAUAUCCUGGGACGAGGAACAUAGGUUGCUGUAAAUGCAAGAAGACUUCACCUUUCCAUGCUGUUAAGGGUUUAUGGGUAAACAUUGCAAAGGAUCAGUUAUUUUGUCUUCUUGGACCCAAUGGUGCUGGAAAAACUACCACAAUCAGCUGUUUGACUGGCAUAACGCCAGUGACUGGCGGAGAUGCACUGAUUUAUGGGAAUUCCAUUGGAAACUCAGUUGGCAUGUCAAAGAUUCGGAAAAUAAUAGGCGUUUGUCCCCAGUUUGAUAUUCUUUGGAAUGCAUUAUCUGGUGAAGAGCACCUCCAUCUCUUUGCUAGUAUCAAAGGCCUACCUCCUGAUUCAAUCAAAUCGGUUACUGAGAAUUCAUUAGCAGAAGUGAGGCUCACUAAGGCAGCCAAAGUAAGAGCUGGGAGUUACAGUGGAGGAAUGAAGCGUCGCCUGAGUGUUGCAAUAGCUCUUAUUGGUGAUCCGAAGUUAGUAAUUCUGGAUGAGCCGACUACUGGAAUGGAUCCAAUAACAAGGAGGCAUGUGUGGGACAUAGUACAAGAUGCAAAGAAAGGGCGUGCCAUUAUCCUUACAACACACUCAAUGGAAGAAGCUGAUAUUCUAAGUGACCGCAUAGGAAUCAUGGCAAAGGGUAGGCUUCGCUGUAUUGGAACCUCAAUCAGAUUAAAAUCGCGGUUUGGUACUGGUUUUGUUGCUAAUGUCAGUUUCACUGAAAGCAAAAGUGAACAAAGUCCUUCUAACAGGCCAGAAACAGUUGCAACACCUCAUCAUGAUGCAGUGAAGCAGUUCUUUAAAAAUCAUCUAGAUGUAGUACCGAAAGAGGAGAACAAAGCAUUCCUGACAUAUAUCAUCCCUCAUGAUAGAGAGGAGCUUUUGACGAAUUUUUUUAAGGAGCUGCAAGAUAGAGAAAGGGAAUUUGGUAUAGCCGAUAUUCAAUUAGGUCUUUCAACACUAGAAGAAGUUUUCUUAAAUAUCGCGAAACAAGCAGAACUAGACAAUGCUGCAGCUGAGGGGAGGUUGGUCACUCUAAACUUGUCAUCAGGGGCCUUAAUUGAGAUACCUCCUGGAGCACGGUUUGUGGGGAUCCCAGGAACAGAAACUGCAGAGAAUCCUAGAGGCAUAAUGGUUGAAGUAUACUGGCAGCAAGAUGAUUCUGGUGCCCUCUGCAUUUCUGGUCACUCUACCGAAACUCCUAUACCUCCUAAUGUGCAGUCACUAGCUCUGUCCGCAUCAACCUCCCGAAGAAGAUUCUUAGGGCAAAGAAGACCAAUUCAUGGUGUUGUGCUUGAUCCCAGUCAGAUUGAUGCUACAACGUCUUCGUAACGACAAGACAAUUUUUUUUUUUUUUCUGUAUAAUUAAUUUAUAUAUGUGUGCUUCAUACAAUAGGUAAAUAUUAUUUACAUAGUUUUGUCACAAUUUGUAAUUCUUUUUUCAAAUGUUACCAAUAAUAAGACAGUGAAAUUUAUGUUACAGUAGCAACAUUGAGGAAAUAUGUUGUGAUUCUAAACUUCAUGCUUUUCAAUUUAUUCA